AUGCUGCUGCUCAAGAAACAGACGGAGGACAUCAGCAGCGUCUAUGAGAUCCGGGAGAAGCUCGGCUCGGGCGCUUUCUCCGAGGUGGUGCUGGCCCAGGAGCGGGGCUCCUCACACCUUGUCGCCCUCAAGUGCAUCCCCAAGAAGGCCCUUCGAGGCAAGGAGGCCCUGGUGGAGAACGAGAUCGCGGUGCUCCGCAGGGUCAGCCACCCCAACAUCGUGGCUCUGGAGGACGUCCACGAGAGCCCUUCCCACCUCUAUCUGGCCAUGGAGCUGGUGACGGGGGGCGAGCUGUUCGAUCGCAUCAUGGAGCGCGGCUCGUACACGGAGAAGGACGCCAGCCACCUGGUAGGCCAGGUCCUUGGUGCCGUCUCCUACCUGCACAGCCUGGGCAUCGUGCAUCGAGACCUCAAGCCUGAAAACCUCCUCUAUGCCACGCCCUUCGAGGACUCCAAGAUCAUGGUCUCUGACUUUGGCCUCUCCAAAAUCCAGGCUGGCAACAUGCUAGGCACUGCCUGUGGGACCCCGGGCUAUGUGGCCCCGGAGCUCUUGGAGCAGAAACCCUACGGGAAGGCCGUAGAUGUGUGGGCCCUGGGUGUCAUCUCCUACAUCCUGCUGUGUGGGUACCCCCCCUUCUACGAUGAGAGCGACCCUGAACUCUUCAGCCAGAUCCUGAGGGCCAGCUACGAGUUUGACUCUCCCUUUUGGGAUGACAUCUCAGAAUCAGCCAAAGACUUCAUCCGGCACCUUCUGGAGCGAGAUCCCCAGAAAAGGUUCACCUGCCAGCAGGCCUUACAGCAUCUUUGGAUCUCCGGGGAUACAGCCUUUGACAAGGACAUCCUGGGCUCAGUUAGUGAGCAGAUCCAGAAGAAUUUUGCCCGGACCCACUGGAAGCGAGCGUUCAAUGCUACCUCCUUCCUGCGCCACAUCCGCAAGCUGGGGCAGAGCCCGGAGGGUGAGGACGCCUCGGGACGGAGGGUGAUGAGCCACAGCCACCCGGGCCUCCACACUGGCCAGCCCCCCAAGUGGUGA